AUGAGAGCAGCAGCAGCAGCAAAGGCAGCAAACCUGGCGGGCGACAGGGCCGCGUGGGGCCCCCCCGCAGCAGCAGCAGCAGCAGCAGCAGCAGCAGCGCCUGCUGCGCCGCCAGCAGCAGCAGGAGGCGAAGUGCUGCAGCAGCUGCUGUCGGCGGCGCUGAGCCGCUUCGAGGGCCUCGCCCUCGAGCGCAUGCAAAGCUAUGUGCAGCAGGAGUGGGGCCCCCGGCAGCAGCAGCUGCAGCAGGAAGCAAAUAAAGCAGCAGACUUGAACUUGGCCUUAUUGGAGGCCCUGGACUUGGACAAACUCAGCACAGAAGACCUGCAGGCAGUUCUUUCUUUGUCCGAAGACAUCCAGCGCCAGGGGCCCCCCUCCGAGGCAGCAGCAGCGGCCCGGGGGGCCCCCCGGGGCCCCCGGGGCCCCCGGGGGGGGGCCCCCACAGCCCGCAGCAGCAGCAGCGGGGGCCCCCCAGUCUUUGCCCAGUCCUGCUGCGGCCGGCCCGGCCGCCCGCAGGGCCCAGAGGGGGCCCCCAGCGGCCUGGCCUCGCCGGGGCUGCUGGGGGGCCCCCAGGGGGGCCCCCUGGGGGGCCCCCAGGGGAGCCCGCUGGGGGGCCCCCAGGGGGGCCCCCUGGGGGGCCCCCUGGGGGCCCCCAACGAGGAACUGGCUGGGGCCCCCACGGACUUCGUUGUGACCCCCCGGGGCUCCAUUAGAGAAGCUUCUGCUGCCUUGAGGCACUGGAGAGACUUGCUGGACUAUAUGGAUGAAAGAGAUGGCUUUUUGGACAUGUUGCGGGGCAGCGAAAGUGGCAGAGACGUGGGGUGUACGUACACCCCAGGCGGGCGGCGGGCCCAGGGGCGGCGCGCGGCUGCAAAGGGCAAAGAAAGAACUGCUGCAGACAAGGCAGCGAGCCCCCCCACGGGGUCCGCAGCAGCAGCAGCAGCAGCAGCUGCUGCAGCAGCAGCAGCAGCAGGGGAGGCAGCAGCAGCAGAAGCCGGCGCGGGGGGCCCCACGGGCGCCUCCGCGCUGGCUGCUGCUGCUGCUGCUGCUGCUGCUGCUGCUGGCCUCAUCGACUGCAGCAACGGCAAAGCCAGCCCCUCGGCUCUCAGCAGCAGGGCCUCCCGCCGGCGGUCUCGCCAAGUGCUGCAGAAGAAAGCAGGAGGUUCGAAGGACUUCUCGGGGGCCCCCCUCGAGGGGGUCGAGUGGCCCGAGGGGGCCCCCGGAAAGAGGCACUGCCCGGGGUCUCCCUGCAGCCGCUUCUCCGCAUUAUGCGAGGCUUGCGAGGGCCUCGCAAGUCCCCCGGGGUUGGCUGUGGGGUCUGCUGCUGCUGCUGCUGCUGCUGCUGCUGCGGAUGCCGCGUACCUGUGGCCGCAGGGGCCCGAGCGCAGCAGCAGCAGCAGCAGCAGCAGCAGCAGCAGCAGCGGGGCGGCCGGCGCAGCGCAGGAGGGGGGGCCCCCGCCCCCACUCGCCCGCGGCAGCUUCGCGGGCAAGAAGGGCCCCCGGGGGGCCCCCGCGAGCAGCAGACAAAGGUGUUUGUCCCCCUUGUGUCUCGACGACAUGCUCAAAAUCGUCUGGGGGGCCCCCAGGGAGGCCGCAGCCCUUAUUCUCAACGACGCGCAGCCAGGGGCCCCAGGGGCCCCAGGGGCCCCAGGGGCCCCAGGGGCCCCGGGGGCCCCGGGGGCCCCGGGGGCCCCGGGGGCCCCGGGGGCCCCGGGGGCUUCAGGGGCUUCAGGGGCCCCGGGGGCCCCGGGGGCUUCAGGGGCCCCUGGGGCCCCCAAAGAGGCCCUUUGUGUUGGCCGGAAAGCGGCAGCGCCUUUUGGAAAUGAGCAGUGCUGCUCCGUUAAGGAGGAGUAG